AUGGGUUUGACGGUGUCACGGUUAAUGAGAUUGUUUUAUGCGAAGAAAGAAAUGAGGAUCCUCAUGGUGGGUCUUGAUGCAGCUGGGAAAACAACAAUACUCUAUAAACUUAAACUUGGAGAAAUCGUCACCACAAUACCCACAAUAGGCUUCAAUGUGGAGACUGUUGAGUACAAAAAUGUCAGCUUCACGGUGUGGGAUGUUGGAGGUCAGGACAAGAUUCGACCAUUGUGGAGACACUACUUUCAGAACACACAAGGUCUUAUCUUUGUUGUAGAUAGUAACGAUAGAGAAAGAAUUUUGGAAGCCAGAGAUGAGUUGCAUAGAAUGCUAAGUGAGGAUGAACUUCGCGAUGCUACUGUUCUGGUGUUUGCCAAUAAGCAAGAUCUUCCUAAUGCUUUAAGAGUUGCAGAAAUUACAGAUAAACUUGGUUUACAUUCACUUCGCCUGCGUCGCUGGUUCAUCCAACCAACUUGUGCCACGUCGGGGCAAGGACUCUAUGAAGGGCUAGAUUGGUUAUCCAGUAACAUAUCUAACAAGACAAGAUGA